AUGUCAUCUGAAAGAUAUGAUUUAGUAAUUUAUGGUGCUACAGGAUAUACAGGACAGUAUAUAGUAAAACAAUUUAUUAAUUCUAAAUACAAUGGGUAUACAUUUGCUGUUGCAGGAAGAAAUGAAGAAAAAUUAAGAAAGGUUCUUAGUGAAAUAUCAGCUUCUGAAGGAAAAGAUAUUACUGAUACACCAAUCAUUAUUGCAAAAUCUUCUGAUACUGUGUCACUUAAUCGACCAUAUAGAUUGUAUGGAGAAGAAGUUGUUAAAGCUGCUAUUGAAAAUGGUUCUUCACAUGUUGAUAUAUCUGGAGAACCAGCUUUUCUUGAAAAAAUGGUUUUAAAAUAUGGUAAAACUGCAUCCGAAAAAGGAGUUUAUAUUGUUGGAGCUUGUGGUUGGGAUUCAAUUCCUUGUGAUCUUGGUAUUAAUUUUUUGAGAAAUAAUUAUGAAGGAGAUAUUGCAUAUACUGAAAGUUUAGUUCAAAAUCAUUCUGGUCCAGCUGGCUAUUCAAUUAAUGAUGGAACUUAUCAAACAUUAAUUCUUGCAAUUGCUAAUAUUAAAAAUGAUAAAUUAGGGAAGAUUAGAAAAGAAAUUAUGCCUGAAACUAUUCCUCGUUCUAACUACAAACCUCCAAAAAGAGGAUUUAUUUUUUACAAUGAUGAUUUAAAAAUGUGGGCACUUCCAUUUAUGGGUUCAGAUAAAUCCGUUGUAUAUCGUUCACAAUAUGAUUGUUUUACAAAAAAAAAUCAAAGACCCAUUUAUUUAUCUACUUACUUUGGAAUGAAAAGUUUAUUAAUGGCAGUAAUUUAUAUGAUUUAUUUUGGCAUAUUUUCUAUAUUAUGUCAAUUUGGUGUAACAAGAAAAUUCCUUCAAGAUAAUACAGAUUUGGUUACAUUUGGUGCUUUUUCCAAAAAAGGUCCAACCAAAGAACAAGUUGACGGAGCUUCAUUUACAUAUUGGUUUAUAUCAAAGGGAUGGAAUGAGAAAAAAAAAUUAGAAGAUGGGGAUCAUACAUCUUCUCCUACAAAAAAAAUAAUUUCACGUUGUGAUGGACCAGAUGCAGGUUAUGUUGGAACUUCAGGUUGUGCUUUGUCUGCUGCCAUUACUAUUCUUGAAGGUGGUUCAAAUCUUCCAAAAAAAGGUGGUGUUUAUACACCAGCAACGGCUUUUGGAGAAUCACCAAGAAUAUAUUCAAUUUUAGAAGAUUUUGGUAUAAAAUUUAAGAUAGAAAAAAUUGAAGAUUUACAAUAA